AGCAGCCGCAACGAUCGGACCCGAAUCACAGCCAGGGCAAAACUUUCGAACCACCAUAUUUCAACAAGACUGCGCAGUCAGCCGAAGCCAUGGUUGACGCGCAGAAGGACGCGCCGUUUAAAUCGGCGCAGGUCGAGUCGCUCGUGGUGAUGAGGAUUGUGAAGCACUGCUCGUCGAGCUUCCCUACUACCGCCACAGGGUCACUUGUGGGCAUGGAUAACAAUGGAGUACUUGAGGUCACAAAUGCCUUCCCGUUUCCGACAAUCGAUGGCUCGAGCGCAGAUGGCCACCAGACGGAUGCGUCGAGCCUCGCGGCGGCAGCACCGCGUGCGAAGGCCAAUGUCGCCUAUCAGAACGAAAUGAUCAGGCACCUGAAGGAGGUCAACGUCGAUGCCAACAACGUGGGCUGGUACACGAGUGCCACCAUGGGCAACUUCAUCAACCUCAGCUUCAUCGAGAACCAAUACCACUACCAGCGCGACAACGACAAAACCGUGGCGCUCGUCCACGACGUAGCGAGAAGCUCCCAGGGUGCGCUGAGCUUGCGUGCCUUUCGGCUGUCGGCGGAGUUCAUGGCGGCCUAUAAGGAGGGGAAGUUCACAACGGAAAGUCUCCAGAAGUCCAAGUUGUCCUUCAGGGAUAUCAUUGUCGAGGUUCCCGUCAUUGUCCACAACUCGCACCUCCUUACUUCGUUCCUCCACCAAAUUUCCGCGCCGCCAGAAUCGCCGGAGAUUCCUCUCCCGGCUUCUCUCGACGACAUCCGCCGCGACCCAGUCAAGUUACCCGCACACCCAUCGUUCGACACUCUGGACGUCUCGAUCGACCCUUUUCUCGAGAAGACGUGUGAUCUGCUGCUCGACAGCAUCGAGACCCACUAUGCCGAUCUCAACAACCAUCAGUAUUACCAGCGGCAGUUGGCGCGCGAACAAUUCAAGAUCUCACAGUGGCAGGCGAAGCGGAAGGCGGAGAACGCUGCACGCUUGGCAGCUAAGCAGCAGCCCCUGCCCGAAGACGAGUGGCAGAGGCUGUUCAAACUGCCGCAGGAGCCCAGCCGGCUUGAGGGCAUGCUCAACGCUCGGCAAGUCGAGCAGUACAGCAAGCAGGUGGACAGUUUCACGGCGACAAUUACCUCUAAGAUGUUCGCCGUGAGGGGGAACCUGCUGCCUGAGUGAGGUGCCUACCCCAAUGUGCGUGGCGGAGAGGCGGGGUGCAGGUUGGUCGGUUAACGGGUGGGCUUAUCUCGACUGCAUGAGGUUUGGCGUUUCGGGGUCAUAGGCUUAUUGCUUAGCUUACGUCGGUUUCCAAGCCAGCCAUGAAUGCCACUUCGUGCGUUGGCGUGGGUCUUUCUGUACACCAUGGAACGGAACUGGCGAAACUCGGGUAAAUCUACACGACUGUGAACCAUGUCCCUGAGACGAUAGCAGCAAGUGGUUAUGAGAAGAACCGCACACGGGUGUCGUCAGGGGCCCUGAGCUGAUUUCCACGCCG